AUGGAUCUCUGGAAGCUGCUGUUGACCUUGGCAGUGGCUGGCUCAAGUGAUGCUUUUUUGGGGAGUGAAGCCGUACCAGCUGUCCUUGACAGAGCAUCCCAGAGUCCACAAAGAGUUAAUCCUGGCCCACUGACAAAUACUUCCGGGACGCCCCAGUUCACCAAGUGCCGUUCACCUGAACUAGAGACGUUUUCAUGCUACUGGACAGACGGGGUGCAUCACGGUUUUGGGAGCCCAGGCGCCGUGCAGCUGUUUUACAUUAGAAGGAACACUCAAGAAUGGACUCAAGAAUGGAAAGAAUGCCCUGAUUACGUCUCUGCAGGGGAAAACAGCUGUUACUUUAACACAUCGUAUACCUCCAUCUGGGUGCCCUACUGCAUCAAGCUCACUAGCAAUGGUGGUACUGUGGAUCAAAAGUGCUUCUCUGUCGAGGAAAUAGUACAACCAGAUCCACCCACCGGCCUCAACUGGACUUUGCUGAACACAAGCCUGACGGGGAUUCACGCGGAUAUCCAGGUGAGAUGGGAGCCGCCACCCAACGCAGACGUUCAGAAAGGCUGGAUCGUCCUGGAGUACGAGCUGCAAUACAAGGAGAUAAAUGAGACCCAGUGGAAAAUGAUGGACCCUGUGCUGUCAACAUCCGUUCCAGUGUACUCACUGAGACUAGAUAAAGAGUACGAAGUGCGCGUGAGAUGCAGACAACGAAGUUCAGAGAAGUACGGCGAGUUCAGUGAGGUCCUCUAUGUCACACUUCCUCAGAUGAGCCCAGUGGCAUGUGAAGAAGAUUUCCGGUUUCCGUGGUUCUUAAUUAUUAUCUUUGGAAUGUUCGGGCUGACGGUGAUAUUUUUAUUCAUGUUUUCGAAGCAGCAGAGGAUUAAGAUGCUGAUUCUGCCCCCGGUUCCGGUUCCAAAGAUUAAAGGAAUUGAUCCAGGUCUCUUCAAGGAAGGAAAAUUGGAAGAGGUGAACACAAUCUUAGCCAUCCAUGACAACUACAAGCCUGAAUUCUACAAUGAUGACUCCUGGGUUGAAUUCAUUGAGCUAGACAUCGACGACCCGGAUGAGAAGACUGAAGGGUCGGACACGGACAGACUCCUCAGCCAUGACUGUGAGAAAUUACUCAACAUCCUGGGAGCGAAGGAUGACGACUCGGGCCGGACCAGCUGCUACGACCCUGACAUUCUGGAGGCCGAUCUCCAUGCCAGUGACGUGGGUGACGCCACCUCAGAGGUCGCUCGGCCACAGAGGUUAAAAGGGGAAGCGGAUCUCUUGUGCCUUGAUGUGAAGAAUCCAAACAACCCGCCUUGCAGGGAUGCCCCCGCUGCAGCUCCGGAGCCCGGCGUCCUCCUGGCAGAGGAGAGCAAAGCCAGACCACUUCUUCUUGGGGACACCGAGUCAGCCCACCACGCUGCCCACGCCCCGCUCCACAGUCCCAGUCCACUGGCCAACAUUGACUUCUACGCCCAGGUGAGCGACAUCACGCCGGCAGGGAGUGUGGUCCUGUCCCCGGGCCAGAAGAGCAAGGCAGGGGUAACCCAGGGCGACGCGCAUCCCGACCUGGUCCCCUGCCAGGCCGGCUUCAUCACGGACAGCGCCUACUUCUGCGAGGCGGACGCCAAAAAGUGCAUCCCCGUGGCCCCUCACGUGGAGGUGGCAGCCCGCGGAGAGCCGAGCUUUAACCAGGAGGACAUUUACAUCACCACGGAAAGCCUUACCACUACUGCCCGGAGGUCUGGGACAGCGGGACCGGCCCCGGGCCCGGCCAUGCCCGUCCCUGACUAUACCUCCAUCCACAUCGUCCAGUCUCCGCAGGGCCUGGUCCUCAACGCCACUGCCUUGCCCCGGCCCGACAAGGAGUUCCUGUCGGCGUGUGGCUACGUGAGCACAGACCAGCUCAACAACAUCAUGCCGUAG